ACCAACCGUCCACGCUUUAAGCCAUAUUGAUACGGAGUCAAAACUAAUGAAACUCUUAAAAUACUAUUAAGAAACACAGUUCCUAAAUUUGGAAAGAAGGAAAAAUGAAAAGGACAUACUGGUAUUAGAUGCCAAGUGAUGAUUAAAAGACUAAACUCGAACUCAUCUGCCUUUCCCCUCAUUGUGAUUUUCCCUCGUUACGCUUUCAAUUAUUAACUGCUUCAAGUUCAACUUCUAUCUCUUCUGGGCUAGGGUUUCAUUUUCAAUUUUAAAUAUCUUACCAAAACCAAAAAAGAAUAUUUACUAACGAAAUUCCCCAAACUAUGGUUAGUCCAAAACCGGAGGGCAAGGGAACGGUGCCCUGCGGUUUCUGCAACGAGCAAAUAGCGGUUCUCUACUGCCGAGCUGACUCGGCCAAGCUUUGUUUAUUCUGCGACCAGCACGUGCACUCCGCGAACCUGCUCUCCCGCAAGCAUCUCCGCUCUCAGAUCUGCGAUAAUUGUGGCACCGAACCGGUUUCCGUUCGGUGCGCAACAGAUAGUUUGGUUCUUUGUCAAGAGUGUGAUUGGGACGCGCACGGUGGUUGCUCUGUGUCGGCCACACACGAUCGCACCCCCGUGGAAGGGUUUUCUGGCUGCCCAUCGGCUCUGGAGCUGGCUUCGGCUUGGGGAUAUGAUCUCGAAGAGAAGAAACUCUCUGAUCAGAGCUGGAACAGGGACUACCAAGAUUUGAUGAUGCCAGCGGUGGAAUCGUGGGCCUACAAAACGAGCGUGCAAGAGAUGAUGGUACCUUACGAUAGUUUUAGCUACGGGGAGAUGUUGAAGAAGCAGAAUCUCGGAAGUGGGAAGUGCAAGCAGGUUAUUUAUAAGCAGCUUGUGGAUUUGAUGAAAAGAGAUUUCAUGGGCGGCGUUGUCGCCGACGGUGGCGGCGGAGUUGGGGAGAAUCUGGUGUCAAACGUGGAAUCAAACGGCAGCUUUUUGGCUCGACAAGACGUCAUACAGCCGCAACUGCAACAGGAAACGCAAACGCCGUUUACUUCUUUGCUUAUGAUGCAAACGCAAGAGAGCGAACGCGUUGUGGAUGGAGUAAAUGUAUUGUGGAAUGGUAAUUUAAAUGUUCAAACUCCUCAGAAUUUUUUACAGAUAUGGGAUUUUAAGUUAGGGCGGUUGAGGGGUGAGGAAGAGUGUAACAAAUCCCAAUCGGAAGAAGUUGGGUACGGGGGAAGUGAUGCUGGUUUCAAGAUUAAGAAUUUCAGUGAACUUAUGAAAGACACGUCUUUGACAAAUGUUAAAUUGCUGGGAGAUAUUUGCCACAUCGACUACCCUCCUACUUCACAAGACGAUAUGGCUUCAGUCAAUAAUAAUAACCCGAGUAAUCCAGGUGCAAAUCAAGGACCAGCCACAUCUGAGAGCAACAACAUACCAAUAGCAAGGCCAUCUUCGGGUGCAGCUUUUGGUAAAACCAAAUGUUCUAGCAGUUCUAAUGAUGUUCACUUCAUGCAGCAACCUUUCCUUGUGAAGGGUGCCCAAGCAAGGCCAGCAGCACCUAACAAGGCUGAUCUUGAGUUGCUGGCACAAAACAGAGGCAAUGCCAUGCAACGCUACAAGGAGAAGAAGAAAACACGAAGGUAUGAUAAACACAUCCGAUAUGAAUCGAGGAAGGCAAGAGCUGAUACUAGGAAGCGAGUGAAAGGUCGAUUUGUGAAGGCUGCUGACGCUUCUGCUGGAUAAAGCUGUACGGAAGUGAUCUCCUUGCUCGGAUUGCUCUGUAUAUAUUUCUUAUGUUCGUCCAUAGUAAAUGUAUAAUUUAGCAUUCCAUAUUUCUCGCAUUUGUUGCCUGCUUGUUUCAUCAAAUUAAAAAAUUAACCCUCUCCUAACACCGCAAACAGGGGAUGUUUUGAAUUAUGGUAGGGAAAAGGCCGGGUGGAGGAUGUUUGUGCUUGUGGUGUGUGGCUGUCUUGAUGCGCUCUGAGGCCUUGUUUGGUUCAUGGAAUUUUUCGAGCAAAGGAAAAUGAAAUGUAAGGAUCACAUUUUCUUAUAUUUUGUGGCGAUGAAAAAACAUGAGGGAAACUUUAACUAAAGAAAAUAUAAUGAAAGGCAGUAACAAAUUAUUUCUUUUUCCUCUCGAAAGAAUGAAGAAGAAAAAGGAAAAAACAUUAGGGGGAAAAUUUAUUUGAUGCUGUUUUCGUUCAUCCCGUAUCGUUUAUCUCUCCUUCAUCCGUACAGUUGUAGCAAGUAGACACUUAAGGACCGAUCAAAGCCAAGGUCCCCGACAGAACCCACCAGAAUUCAACGAAGCGGUGAAUAUUUGGCGGGGAUGAGGGGUGAAUAUUUGGUGGCGAUGACUAUGAGAUCAUUUGGAUGCGCAAUAAGAU